AUGGACGCUAUGAGGAGAUUAUGCGCUGGAUCUGGUGCUCCAGGCGUGACCUUCUCGUCAGUCCUUUCGGAACUAAGGGCUUGCAUCUUUGUUGUUGAAGCAGAAGCCGUUGCUACUGCUGUGUCUGUCCUUCCCCCCUCCAACCACCCCACUCCCCCCUCUGCAUACCACAACAACCCCCCUGAAGCUGCUGCUGCUGCUGCUGCCGCUGCUGCCGCUGCUGCUGCUGCUGCUGCUGCUGCUGCUGCUGCAGCUGCUGCCGCUGCUGCUGCUGCUGCUGCUGCUGCUGCUGCUGCUGCUGCUGCUGCUGCUGUAAUCUCAGUACCAACACCCCUCCCCCGGCAUCCCCCACUUCCCAACCAGGGUGAUACAGGCGUGACCUUCCCCUCUGCCCUUGAUGAGCUAAGGGCUCGAAUCCAUGCUGCUGAAAUCUCUGCUGCUUCUGCUGCAAUCUCAUCUCAGGCUCGCAUCGAUGCUGCUGAAGCAGAGGAGGGUGCUGCUGCUGUGUGUGCCCUCCGCCCCUCCUCCAACUACCCCACUCUCUCCCUCUGUUCCACCCCCCCAUUACCCAACCAGGGCGCUCCAGGAGUGACCUUCCCGUCCGUGCUUUCAGAAAUGAGGGCUCGCAUUGAUGCUGCUGAAGCAGAGGGGGAGGUCCCAAGGCACUUCAUCCUCUCUCCUGCUGUCGGCCCGGAGGCCAUAACAGGGUCCACGAGGCUCAAGGGCGGCACUGCCACCAAGGUCCUUCUGGAGACCAUCUUCAGCCGAGCCAUCGCCAGGGUGCUGCGCCUGCCUGCUCUGGGAAGCUAUGCGGGAGUGCCCCUCCUACUCAUCAACCCUCCCCCCGAGCUCACUCCCGAUGACAAAACAUCGGUUCGGCGGGCGGCACGGGUAGGCUGGGGCCGAACCGAGGCUGCACCAGCGGCUCGGUACGGCGAUGUCAUGGCGGCCUACGAGGGGGCGAUGAGGGGAGUUUACCAGCAAUUACCCGGAAUUGUGGCCCUCACAAGUCUCUUCCAUCGCUCCAUCAGCUCUGGCGGUCGGGUCAUGUACAUUGGGGACGAUUCUCUCGGCCUGGUGGGGCUUAUCGACGCCUCAGAACAAGUUCCCACCUUUGGGGCACGCCCAGGCUCCUUCCAAUGCUUCCUCACUUCCACUGCCAAUGACACAGUCCUUUUGUUAGAGUCACACGUGCUACAGCCACAGCUGUUCCCUCUCCCUCUCCUCACCGCUCACUCGUCUUUCCUCCCUUGUCGUAUUCCCCUUUCUUCUCCCCCUCUCAUCCCGUGCCUUAUUCCCUACUCGUUCCCCCUCCUGUGCUGCCUCCAGUGCCAACGACACUGUUCUCCUGUUAGAGUCACACGUGCUACAGCCACAGUAGUUCCUUCCACCUCACCACUUACUCGUAUUUCCUCUUUUGUCUUAUUCCCCUCUCUUUCCCCCUCUUCUGCUGCCUCCAGUGCCAACGACACUGUUCUCCUGUUAGAGUCACACGUGCUACAGCCACAGCUGUUCCCUCUCCCGCUCCUCACCGCCCUCCACACACGAACCAAGCAGGGGCUGCUGUCCCUCGCUUUGCUAAGUGUCGGUGUGGCUCCUCACGACCGGCUCUUAAUGGUGUAUGAUGAUGAGGAUGGGAUGGAGGAGGGGAAGGAGCUGGAGGAAGAGGAUGAAGGCGAAGAGAGUGAGGAGGAGGAGUUGGGGGAGGAAAGGGAGGAGGAGGAGGAGGAGGAGGAGGAGGAGGAGGAGGAGGAGGAGGAGGAGGAGGAGGAGGAGGAGGAGGAGGAGGAGGAGGAGGAGGAGGAGGAGGGAGAAGAGGGGGGUGGUGAGCAAGAAGAGGGCGGAGCGGAAGAGCAAGGGGUGGAAGGGGAGGAGGAAGGGGAGGAGGAGGAAGAGGUGGAAGAGAUGGAGGAAGGGAGCAGUGAUUCGGAGGUGCUGGUGGGGAGGGAAUCAGGAGUGGAAGAGGAAUUGGCUGUAGCUGAGGAGAAGAGAGAGGAUACAUCUGAGGGGGGGUAUGAGAAGGGGGACGAAGAUCACAGUGAGGAGGGGAGUGAGUGGGAGUCAGUGGAUGGGGAUGAAACAGAGCAUCUGCUUCACAAACCGCCGCAAGGCCGAACCAAAUCCUUCCGGAAGCUUCUUCAUGCAAGCAGCAUUGCAGAUGAUCAAGCUGCGGAGGUUAGCAAGGAGUUCCAGAGGCAACGGGAAUCCCUCUGCCUCUCCGAUCAACACCAGCUGUAA